AUGGAAACGAACGGCGAUUCAAGGGCAAAGCGGAAGCACCCCGGAUCUCCGCCUACCGACCGGCCUACCAAACAUCUUCGCGAUGACUCCUUUGGAACUGACCACGACGACAUUCACUUGCCUGGGGAUGAGGAGCAGGCCUUUGUUGCCCUGGAGACUAGACUUCUACCGCCCACGGUGGCGACCCAUGAUUCCGCGGAAUGGCAAAAAACUAUUGAGGAGGUUGUCAGGAACGUGGUCAGCAUACGAUUCUGUCAAACGUGCUCAUUCGAUACGGAAUCUGCCAUCACUAGCGAAGCUACGGGCUUUAUUGUCGACGCUGAGAGAGGUUACAUCUUGACGAAUCGUCAUGUUGUGUGCGCCGGGCCUUUUUGGGGAUACUGUGUCUUUGAUAAUCAUGAAGAGUGUGACGUUUAUCCCGUCUAUAGAGAUCCUAUUCACGAUUUCGGUAUUCUUAGAUUUGAUCCGAAGGCCAUCAAGUACAUGCCCGUUGGCGCUCUUCAGCUUCGGCCUGAUCUUGCGCGGGUCGGCGCUGAAAUUCGAGUUGUCGGCAAUGAUGCCGGGGAGAAGCUUAGCAUCUUGUCGGGAGUAAUCAGCCGAGUGGAUAGGAAUGCACCCGAUUACGGUGAUGGCUACAAUGACUUUAACACAAAUUACAUUCAGGCUGCCGCUUCGGCUAGCGGUGGGAGCUCUGGGAGUCCAGUCGUUAACAUCGAUGGGUAUGCCGUAGCUCUACAGGCUGGGGGUACCGCGACCGACUACUUCUUGCCCCUUGAUAGGCCUCUUCGUGCUCUUGAAUGUAUCCAGAAUGGCAGACCUGUUACUCGUGGAACCAUACAAACACAAUGGCUAACAAAACCGUUUGAUGAGUGCCGUAGGGUUGGGCUGAGCCCUGAAUGGGAGGCUGCUGUGAGGAAAGGGUUCCCGAAAGAGAUUGGGAUGCUUGUAGCUGAAGUCGUACUCCCCGGGGGCCCUGCUCAUGGCCAUAUCGAAGAGGGCGACAUCUUGAUCAAAGUCAAUGGAGCUUUGAUCACCAAGUUUGUUGGCCUAGAUGAGAUAUUGGACAACUCUGUCGGAAGGAAGGUCAAGAUGCUGGUGGAGCGGGGAGGAAAAGCGAUGGAUAUUGAACUCGAUGUCGGGGAUCUUCAUGCUAUCACCCCCGAUCGCUUUCUUACCGUCUGCGGGGCCUCCUUCCAUGAUCUAUCUUACCAAUCCGCUAGGCUUUAUGCCAUUCCGGUCCGGGGGGUCUACGUUUGUGAGCCGGCGGGUUCGUUCCGGUUUGACGGGAUGGACAAAGGGUGGAUUAUUGAGUCCCUUGACAAUAAAAAAACCCCAAAUCUUAAUGAAUUUAUAGAAGUAGUGAAGAAUAUACCAGAUCGGUCUAGAGUUGUCGCAACUUAUCGCCACCUGCGUGACCUUCACACCAUGCACACCUCAAUUCUCUAUAUUGACCGUCACUGGACUACCAAAAUGAGGAUGGCUAUCCGUAACGAUAUCGCUGGACUGUGGGACUUUUCGGAUAUUGCGGAUCCUAAGCCUCCUGUUCCCCUUGCUCCAAGCUCAGCCCAGUUUAUAAGGUUGGAUAAUGUGGGUUACCCAGCAGCUAGUGACCUGGUGCGUAGUUUCGUUCGGAUCUCGUGUGUCAUGCCAAUAAAGUUGGACGGAUUUCCUCGAGCGAGAAAGACUGGGUUUGGUUUAGUCGUGGACGCCGAGAAAGGGUUGGUAGUUGUGUCCAGAGCUGUAGUGCCCUAUGAUUUAUGUGACAUCUCUAUCACCGUUGCCGAGUCAAUUGUCGUGGAGGGCAAAGUCCUGUUUUUGCAUCCUCUGCAGAAUUAUGCAGUUGUGCAGUAUGAUCCGACGCUAGUGAAGGCACCUGUUCAAUCCGCUAAGCUCAGCGGUGAACAUAUCACUCAAGGCGCAUCGGCAAUGUUCUUGGGCUUUAACCAAAACCUCAGAGUAGUUGUUGCCAAGACUUCUGUUACCGAUAUCACUACCGUUGCGGUUCCUGCCAACAGUUCUGCGCCCCGUUACCGAGCGAUCAAUGUUGAUGCGAUCACAGUCGACACUAGCCUUAGCGGCCAGUGUGGAAGCGGCGUUCUUGCUGAUGCAGGUGGAACUGUUCAGGCGCUGUGGCUUACUUACCUUGGGGAGCGAACUCAUAGUAACAAGGAUGUCGAGUACCAUCUUGGCUUGGCUACACCUUCCCUACUCCCGGUCAUUCGUCAGUUACAGAAUGGCAUAAUACCCAAGCUAAGAAUGCUUAAUGUUGAACUGCACUUGGUGCACAUGAGCCAAGUUCGGAUUAUGGGUGUCUCGGAAGAGUGGAUCCGCAGAGUUGAGCAGGAUAACCCCGAGCGCCACCAGUUGUUCAUGGUCCGAAAGGUCGAAUGCGGCCAUUCUCAGACUCUGGAAGAAGGAGAUGUCAUCUUGAGUAUUAACGGGAAAGUGAUGACAAGAAUAACAGAGCUAGACGUUAUGUACGAUCAUGAGUACCUGGACAUGGUUGUGGUGAGGAACUGCGAAGAGAUGAUAUUGAGAGUGCCCACUGUCCCAACCGACGAUUUGGAGACCGAUCGCGCUGUCAUAUUCUGUGGUGCUGUUUUGCAUCGCCCUCAUCAUGCUGUACGCCAACAAAUAAGUACCCUGCACUCUGAGAUCUAUGUUUCGGCACGGACUCGGGGUUCCCCGGCGUAUCAAUACCAGCUUGUGCCGACAAAUUUUAUUGUCGGUGUCAACGGAGUCAAGAUUUCUGAUCUUGAUUCUUUCUUGCACGAGGUCUCGAAGAUACCGGAUAAUACCUAUUUGAGACUGAGAAUCAUUACCUUUGAUAAUAUUCCAUUCGUGAUUACUAUCAAGAAGAACGAACAUUAUUUCCCCACCAUGGAAUUCAUAAAGGACCCUUCUGAGCCCUGCGGAUGGCGUAGACAGACAUACGAGGGCAAAUUUACACAUGCUGGGUUAGAAUCCAAUAUCCUUGCGGAGAAUAUGGAUGAACUUGGUGGCGAGUAGUUGGCAAAGCAAGCCGACUGGCUUGCUUAUCUAUUUCAGUCAUCUUCAGGGGAGUGUACGAUUUUAUGGUGACCGAGCACUUAAGGGAUUAGAAUGGCGCUUGAUAUUUCUCACACUUUCUUCCCUCUUUUUUGUCUUUUUGUGAUCACUUCAAUGAGCUAAAUGGUUUAUGUUACUUUGAAUGCUUGGAGGCGCUUUCCCUAAUUAUGGGUAUUUUAAAGGAGGGGAUCUCACAUAUCUUCCUGAAUUAUGAGCGAUGUACAUGGUGUCGAGCUAUUGUGGCGGGUAGCCAGUGUGGCUUUUUUUUUAUGAUAUUCUUUUUAUUUUAUUUUUUUGGUUUUGUAUCAUACGAUAGCAUUUAUAUCGUGAUUGCAUGCUCUGGAGUCUUUGCGAUACAAUUAAUAGAAAUUGAACUCUCUAGA